AUGUAAAACCCAACAGUCACCGAAGCGGAUUUUAAUCAUACUCUUUAAGAGAAAUUAAUCAUUUUCUUAAGAAUUGUUUUGCAAACAGAAAAAGAUGUUUUAAAAUAUAUUAAUAUAGGCUGAGGAAAUUAAAAUAGCAUUAGCUGAAAAUAUUAGAUUUGAUGUAAGCGAAGCUUUUAAAACUAUUGAUGCUAAUUCAAAAGGAUACUUGACUUCAGCUGAUAUCUUUAGAUUUAUGUGCAAGAAUGGAUAUAGUUUAUUAAUGAAGUUUUGCGAUUUAUGGAUAUCUAUUUACAGUAAAGGCAAUGAUAAAUUAAGUCAUUAAAAGUUUCUUGAAUUUAUUGUUCCUAAAUAUAAUAAGGAUCAAGCCAUGAAACUUAUUAUGAGAAAACUCUAAACAUCAGAAUGUUAGAAUUUCAUUUUUAAUUUUAGAUAAACUUUCAUUUUAUUUAGAGGAUUUUGUUGCAAAGCUAAUUAAUUUAGAGAUUGAUUACUUGAAAAUUAUUGAAAUUGAAAAAAUGGGUUUAGCUUAAUUUGUUUAAUGGAAAUUUAAUACAGUAUUUAAAGUUAUUGCAGGCAAUUAAUCAUUUAUAGAUAAACGAUCUUUGGAUCAAUUAUUAAAUAAAUUUGAAAUUUAAUCUUUGAGUUAAUUAGAUUAUAUCAUGUUUUUAAAUAGAUUUAUUAGAAAUGAUAAUUUAGUAAUAUAAAGAGAUGAUUUUAGUGAUGCUAUGUUUCCUAGUAGAGAAUUAAUGUUAGAAUUUUAACAAUAAAAAGAUGGAUUUGAUGAUUAUGUGUUGAAUCAAAAUCAGUAAUUGGAUUAAUUAUUAGGAGCUGAUAAAAUAAUUGAUAAUGAAGAUUUUGUUUUUAAACCAGAAGAACAUAAACUUUAGGUUUAAACUUUUACAAAAGGAUUGGAACCUUAAGAUUAAAAAAUUUAAAUUGAAUAAUCUUAAGCAUAAUCUAAGAUCUAAUAAAAUAGAUAUUUUGGGAUUGUGAAGAAUAUAUAGUUACAAUAAAAAGUUUAAAUUAAAUCAAAGAAAUAUUAAAGUCCUUAUGAAUAUGCAAAUAAAUAUAAAAUGAAGGAUGAUUUAUUACUAGAGUUUGAAUUACCUUAAAAUUAUUCUCAAAUAGCUGUAAGUUAAGGAAAUGUAUCUAGUUAUGUUUAAAAUAAUUAAUAAUACAUUAAUGAGUCUCAAUAUAAUAAUUAUGGUUAAAAGGCUAGACAUGUUUAAUAUUUUAAUUCUAAAUUAUGA